AGCAACGCAACACACGUUAUUUUUUAGAGCUGUCGCCAUUUUCAACACUUUAAACAUGUCAUCAACUCCAGCUACGAAAGAGGACAUUCAGGAGCUAUUGGCUCAAUUCUCAUCUAGUCGAGCUAAGAUACUGGAAGACAAGAUAGCUGAAGCUUCUGCAAAUUUUGAUACGAAGCUCAAAUCCGCCACUAGCGUCAAAUUAACCUGGAAAAGGGAAGGCCAUAAACGACGAUAUAACUUUAAUCAGUCUGUAUUGGAUCACGUCGUGGAAGCUGAACGCAAAAACCAGUCCACUGAAGUGCAGCAAGAGCUAACCAGUAUUAAAGCUCUGCUCGAGCAUCGUCAAAAGCUAAUCCGACUAGCCGAUACCAGCCCCUCUGGCUGGGCAACAGUCGAAGAAUACGAGAAAAACGAGUUGGCCAACGACUCCGGUGAUGACAAGAAGAACACAAGGGCAGAAGACAGGGCGGCCAGAAAGCUUAAAGCGGCGUCCAGUAAGAAGUCCGCCGGGGCCAAGAGAUUCAAGACCGGUGACUACCACUACCAGACUCCUGCUCCCGCUACUACUUCUGUCGCUCCUGCUUCUCAAUUCCAGUUUUUUCGUGGCCAACGAUUCCCAACCAGCAAAGACAUCUGCUACGCUUGCGGAAGCCAAGGUCACUGGAGAAAAUCCUGUACAAACAUCAGUAGAAGGCAAGACAAGAGCAACACCCCAAGUUUCUCCACCUAGCAAGGACACCGCAGCAAGCAAGUCUAACACGAUCAAUGAAGUUGAGUUAUGUUACUUUACCGAUAAUUUCUUUGAGUAUGAAGAAAGGUGUUCCACAGGUUGCAAAAUUCAAGUAGCUGGUCGUUUACAUCAUCAUUAUGAUUUUUGGAGAGCAAUUAAUGCCAAUUCCUAUGUAUUAGACAUAAUUAGCAACGGAUACAUGAUUCCGUUUUAUGAAACACCACCACACACACCGAAUGUUGAGAAA